UAUCAAUCUUAUCCUUUAUUUUGCCUCAUAGCCGUGCUUCCCGACGAUCAUUUCGGCCAGAUGAUUGUUAAUCUUUUCGGAUUUAGAAGUCGUGCAAUGACUAGUUAUCGCCGACUAAUGUACUGGGUACCUAAACUGCGUCACAUCAAUCCAUGGCCAACUCCUUUUACUAUUCCUGAUGACUUUGAUCAACACCCAAUGCGUAUCGCCCUGCUUGCUGCUCGGCGAUUGUGUCCCGAUAGGUACACGGAGUUUUCGAUUAUAAAUGUACGUAUAUUUUUAUGA